GCAGGAAGGUGGGGGCAGGAUUGUCCCCGUAAAUAGAGCCGGGGGAAGCAUGAAGCUGUACUGCCUGUCAGGACAUCCAACCUUACCAUGCAAUGUACUCAAGUUCAAAUCCACCACCAUCAUGUUGGAUUGCGGACUGGAUAUGACGUCUACUCUCAAUUUCCUCCCAUUGCCGCUGGUUCAGAGCCCCAGGCUGUCCAAACUUCCUGGUUGGGUUUUGAAAGAUGGAAGCACAUUUCUCGACAAGGAACUAAAGGAAUGCUCUGGCCAUGUGUUUGUAGACUCUGUGCCUGAGUUCUGUUUACCAGAGACUGAGCUGCUUGACCUCUCCACGGUAGAUGUAAUCUUGAUCUCAAACUAUCACUGCAUGAUGGCAUUGCCCUAUAUCACAGAGUACACAGGAUUCACUGGAACAGUGUAUGCCACUGAGCCCACUGUUCAAAUCGGCAGACUCCUCAUGGAAGAACUGGUGAAUUCCAUUGAACGUGUGCCAAAGGCUCAGUCUGCCUCCAUGUGGAAGAACAAGGAGGUACAGAGAUUGCUGCCUGCCCCGCUGAAGGAUGCAGUGGAGGUGUCUAUGUGGAGGAAGUGCUACACCAUGCCAGAAGUGAAUGCUGCACUCAGUAAGAUCCAGCUGGUGGGGUAUUCUCAGAAAAUUGAGCUGUUUGGUGCUGUGCAGGUCACCCCUCUCAGCUCAGGCUAUGCUCUUGGAAGUUCCAAUUGGAUUAUCCAGUCGCACUAUGAAAAGGUUUCCUACGUUUCAGGAUCUUCUCUGCUCACAACACACCCUCAGCCCAUGGACCAGGCUUCUCUUAAAAAUAGUGAUGUUCUCAUCCUGACGGGUCUUACUCAAAUCCCUACUGCUAACCCAGAUGGAAUGGUAGGAGAGUUCUGCAGCAACUUGGCUAUGACUGUCCGGAAUGGAGGAAAUGUGCUAGUUCCUUGUUACCCCUCUGGAGUAAUAUACGAUCUGCUAGAGUGCCUGUAUCAGUAUAUUGAUUCUGCUGGACUCUCCAAUGUCCCUUUUUAUUUCAUCUCACCUGUUGCCAACAGCUCCCUUGAGUUCUCCCAGAUCUUUGCCGAAUGGUUGUGUCAUAACAAACAAACAAAGGUAUAUCUUCCAGAACCUCCUUUUCCCCAUGCUGAGCUCAUUCAGACUAACAAAUUGAAACAUUAUCCCAGCAUUCAUGGAGACUUCAGCAAUGACUUCAAGCAGCCGUGUGUUGUGUUCACUGGACAUCCUUCUCUCAGAUUUGGGGAUGUGGUUCAUUUCAUGGAGUUAUGGGGAAAAUCUAGCUUAAACACCGUCAUAUUCACAGAACCAGAUUUCUCUUAUCUGGAUGCCCUGGCUCCUUAUCAACCUUUGGCGAUGAAAUGUGUUUACUGUCCCAUUGACACAAGACUGAAUUUUAUUCAGGUGUCUAAAUUACUCAAAGAAGUCCAGCCUCUCCAUGUAGUUUGCCCGGAGCAGUACACUCAGCCACCUCCCACCCAGUCUCAUCGCACAGAUCUGAUGAUAGACUGCCAGCCUCCACCAAUGUCCUACCGCAGAGCAGAGGUGCUGACUCUUCCGUACAAGCGGCGCUAUGAGAAGAUCGAAAUCAUGCCAGAACUUGCAGAUUCACUUGUGCCCUUGGAGAUUAAGCCUGGUAUUUCCUUAGCAACAGUUUCUGCCGUGUUGCAUACUAAAGACAACAAGCACGUGCUGCAGCUCCCACCAAAACCUCCGCAACCUCCCACCAGCAAGAAGAGAAAGCGAGUGAGUGAUGACGUGCCGGAGUGUAAACCUUUGAAGCCAUUGCUGAGCGGCUCCAUCCCUGUGGACCAGUUUGUGCAGACGCUCGAGAAGCACGGUUUCAGUGACGUGAAGGUGGAGGACACAGCCAAGGGCCACAUCGUACUCCUCCAGGAGGCAGAAACCCUCAUUCAGAUUGAGGAGGACUCCACGCACAUCAUCUGCGACAACGAUGAACCUUUGAGGGUGAAACUGCGUGACCUGGUUCUCAAAUUCCUGCAGAAAUUUUAGCUCGUGGACAUCAUCCUGCUCUGCAAAGAGAGAUCCCGGAGCAGCAGAGCUGAAAGCUUUCCAGAGUGUGAUCCCAGGGAGGGAGAGAGAAUUUCUUGAUUCAGAGAGACCAGAAGCCACCUUCCCUUCAUGGAGAAGCAAGGAUGUAUUUUUAAUAUCUAUUUUUUAAAUUUUAUUUUUAACUGGUUUUGGAAUACUUUUGAGGGGAUUCUUGUUCUGUAAAAUUGGGAGUUGGAAUCUUAUAGGAGAUAUAAACUGCAGAGUAAAUAAAUAGAGUGUAUAUUUACAA